GUGAGAGGUUAUUUUUGUUUGUGCAUGCCAGUUCACAGAAUAAAAUCCACACACAAGAACGUGUACACCAACAACAGUAGUUUUGAUGAUCAUAAAAAAUAAUUUUGUUUACCCGUUCCCCAAGCUGCAAAAUCAUUUCAUUCACAAAAUAAAAUCUGUCCUCUUUUGGAAGCGCUCACUAAACCCUCGCCUCCGCUAUGGGUACGCCGGAAACUUCAAGGGAGCCUUGCCCCGAUCGCAUCCUAGACGACCUCGGCGGCGCCUUUGGGAUGGGAGCUGUAGGGGGCUCCGCCUUCCACUUUAUCAAAGGCAUUUACAAUUCCCCCAACGGCGCGCGGAUGAUCGGUGCCACCCAAGCCGUCCGAAUGAACGCCCCCAGAAUCGGCGGCAGCUUUGCCGUAUGGGGCGGCCUCUUCUCCUGCUUUGAUUGCACCAUGGUCUACGUGCGCCAGAAGGAGGAUCCGUGGAACUCCAUCAUCUCCGGAGCUGCCACCGGCGGCCUCCUCUCUUUGCGCCAGGGCCUAGGAUCCUCCGCCCGAGCCGCCGCAUUCGGAGGCGUCCUCUUGGCUCUGAUAGAAGGAGCUGGUAUCAUGCUGAACAAGUUCACGACUGCUCCUCUGAACGCCCCGAUCUACGUCAACGAUCCGAUGGGACCUCCUGGCGGGAAUCAGCUUCCGAACAAGGACACACCUUCAGAGUCGUGGUUUGGAGGGUUGUUCGGUGGGAAAAAAGAAGAAGAGAAGAAGAGCAGUGGUUUGAAGACGGAAAUUCUGGAGAGCUUUGAGACGCCCAUCCCUCCUACUUUCGAAUUUAAGUGAAAAUUCUCUUCAAAUUCAACCCUAAUCUUGUUUAUGUUGUAGGAUAAAUUGGAGCUAUUUCUAAAAAUGCAGUCUUUUUUACUAUAAGUUUUAUGGGGUUCAAUGAUUUCUUAGUAGUUAGUACUCCGUAUGAACUAUAAAGUAUGAGAUUCAGGCCAUUAGUAGGAAGCUUAGUAUAUGUACCCUGAUCUGCCCAAUAUUCCAAUCUAUGAAAAUUUUUCUAUCUGAGAAUUUCCCGCUUUAUAUUUUUCUACAGACAGCUAGGAUUCGACACAAUGUUUGUCUUCAAUGCUCAUUUACUCUAAUAAAUAAAGUGGAAGUUCAAGAAUA